AUGCAGCGGGCGCGCCCCUCGCCGGCCGGGGCGCCGGGCGGGCGGGCGGGCGGGCGGCGAGGCGCCGGGGCGCGGCGGGCAGAGUUGGGGCGCCUGCUGCCCCGCGCGCGCGCCCCGAGCGCGUCCCCUCCCGCCCGCUGCGCCUGCGCACUGGCGCCGCCCGCGCCCCGGCCCCGGUCCUCCGGAGACCGCGCUGCGACAGCCGAGCUCGGAGCCGCGGGCCUGGGCGCGCGAGGCACACGCGCGCGCCCCGGCCCGCACCCCAACGCCGCAUCCCAGGCCCCCCGCCGCCGGAGGGGCCGCGUAAACCUCGGGCACCCACCUAGCCCGCUCCCGGCCUCAGUUUCCCCACUGGUGCGCAGUGCCACGCACUGCAUUCGAGUUAGCCGGGUCCUGCUGCGGCUACCGCGCUCCUCGUGGGUGAAGAAGCCCGAUUCGUAUGUUUUUAAUGAUGGCAGUUCCAGGGAGCUAAUGAAGCUGACGGGAACAAUUCCUGUGCCCUAUAGAGGUACACAUAUAAAUAAGCCAAUAUGCCACUGGCUGCUGGACACAUGCCCGUAUAAUCCCCCUAUCUGUUUGGUGAAGCCUACUAGUUCAAUGACUAUUAAAACAGGAAAGCAUGUGGACGCUAACGGGAAGAUAUAUCUUCCUUAUCUACACGAAUGGAAACACAGUCAGACGGGGCUUAUUCAAGUCACGAUUGUAGUGUUUGGAGAAGAACCUCCAGUCUUUUCUCAUCCUACUAUCUCAGCAUCCUAUCCACCAUACCAGGCAACAGGGCCACCAAAUACUUCCUACGAGCCAGGCACACCAGGUGGAAUUUCCGCAUACCCAUCCAGAUACCCUUCCAAUCCCAGUGGUGACCCAGGCCGUCCUUACCCACCUGGCGGUCAGCAUCCUGCCACCACAGGUUCCCAGUACCCUUCCCAGCCUCCUGUGACCAUUGUUGGUCCCAGGAGGGAUGGCACAAUCAGCGAGGACACUGUCCGAGCCUCUCUCAUCUCAGCAGUCAGUGACAAACUGAGAUGGCGGAUGAAGGAGGAAAUGGAUCGUGCCCAGGCAGAGCUCAAUGCCUCGAAACGAACAGAAGAAGACCUGAAAAAAGGUCCCCAGAAACUGGAAGAGAUGGUUACCUGUUUAGAUCAAGAAGUAGCUGGGGUUGAUAAAAACAUAGAACUUUUGAGAAAGAAGGUUGUAGAACUCAGUUCUACUCUGGAGAAAAUGGAAAAUCGAUCUGAAAACAAUGAUAUUGAUGAAGUUAUCAUUCCCACAGCCCCACUAUACAAACAGAUCCUAAAUCUGUAUGCAGAGGAAAAUGCUAUUGAAGACACUGUCUUUCACCUGGGAGAAGCCUUGAGGCGGGGAGUAAUAGACCUGGACGUCUUCCUGAAGCAUGUAUGUCUUCUGUCCUGCAAACAGUUCCAGCUGAGGGCAUUAAUGCAGGAAGCAAGAUACACUGCCAGUCUUAGUGACCUCUGCUGCCUCCUGUGA